AUGGCCUUGCAGACCCCAACGCUCGACGAACCGCCACGCAGCGCUAGGAUGUCUCCGCGUGACCCAUAUGACACUCGAGAGCCGUACCGCGCUGGAGACGAGCCGAGAUCGCGUAACCCGCCUCCAGUUCUUGACGAGAGGAGUCAUGGCAAUGGACGAGAAUCAAUACCUCCACCCCGUGAAGCCCGCCGCGAGGACGACUUACCACGUGCUCCGCCGACAGGUCCUAGCUCGCAACGCGCUCCUGCAACCUCGAUGGCUCCUCCUACUGGUCCUGCGGCAGUAACUGCGCCUUCGGGGCCACGCGGUACUGCUGCUCCUCCAGCCGGUCCUCGUGGCGCUCCAACUCCACGUGGAGACUUUGCUCCGCGUGGAAGGGGCGGCUUCGGUGGCGAUUUUGCUGCUCGAGGCAGAGGAGGUUUCGGGGUUGCGCCCUUCCGGGGUGGCAGGGGUGGAGCACCUCCCACGGGACCAGGUUUUGGACGUGGUGCAGACGCUGGCUAUGGCCGAGGAGAAUCGUACAACCAAGAUCCGGCAUUUGGAUCUCGUCCACCACCUUCAGGGCCGAGAAGCUCUUUCUCACAAGCACCACCACCAACUCUCCGUCAGAACAGCGUCACCACCACUGUGACGCCUACUCAGCCACGAGCUCAACGCUUUGCGAAUGGCGAAAGCGCUGUUCCAGAUGCACCGACCGGACCAAAGGCAGCACGUCCUCCUACAGGUCCAGCUACACUCGCUCCCGUCAAUCGCCCUCACCCCGCCAUCGCCGAGCUUCCUAAAAUCGUAGACGGUGGCCUGAAAGCCGAGCCAUUGGUCGAUCGUUCCCGGCUGAAUGAAUUGGAAGACCAAGCGGAAAAGCUGAAGAAGCAGAUUGAGGAGCGGGAGACGCGAAAGAGAAAGAGUCUGAGAGAAUGGGAUCGGAUGACAAGAGAGACUGAGGUGGCUGCUCUGCGGAGUGAGCUGGCUGAGGAAGCUUUAAGACAGCUGAAUGGCGAAGCGGAGAGUCAGGCUGCUUUCUAG